CGAUAUUUUUUUUUCUUGUAUCUGAAUCUUUGUGAAGGGGGGCGAGUAUGCGCUGCGCUGGGAGUUUAAAUAUCACUUUCUCUAUCUGCUUUUUCGGCAUUUUUGCAGGUUCUCCAGCACUUGAAGAUUUGGUGGUAUCCUUUUUUAACCUCACAUUUUGAUCCCCAUUUUGACCCGGUGCCGGGAGCGUCAACAGUUGGUGUCGAAGAUCUGAAAGGUCGGUGCUUUCUUCCAAAGCGUCGAGAAAGACAGAAGAUUGCCUCUGUGUCUUGCUUUUCAGUGUCGUUGCUGGUGAAAGAUCGAAUACCCUUUUGCAGUGGAAGGGCAAUUCUGUUGCCCACUCCAUUUGAGCAAGAGUUGGAAGCAUUUUCUUCUGGAAUCUGGGAGAGACUGGUAAUUCUGCUGCCUUCUAAAUCGGAUUCUGGUUCAUUAUAUAUAGAUCAAGCACUGUACUUUAGUUUGGUGGAUUUAGAGGCAGGUGGUGAGAUUGCAAAAGGAAUUUGCUUCUGAAUUGGGUUUGGAGAUCAAUAUAUGUAGCUUUGGUUAUUGCUUGGUGUUUUCUCUGGUCCUUGAUUGAUACGUGCAUGAGUCAUGGCAUUGAUGUGAUAAAGCUUUGUUAAAGAAUUGAAGAAGGGCAGUACCAUGAUGCUUGGAAGCUCAGGAUUUAGAUUUGUGGUGGUGAAGAGAAUGUGGUUUUAAUCUGUUUAGUUUCCUUUUGAUGCUAAUUCUGAUAUUGAAUAGGAAGAGGAAUUAGAUUUCUGUCAUGGCAUCAAUGAGAAGGACAUUGUCCCCAGUACCUAGACAGGGCACGGUGGUCCCUGGUGAGGUAUGUUCAGCUGCUUCUCCUUUGUCAAAGUCCUCAUCAUGUGCUCAGAACUACCCGCCAUCAGGUGGAUUGCUAUCUUCUGUUUUCCGUUUAUCAGAUUCUCAAGAUUUAGUUCUUGGUGUUCUCUCACCUAGAACAUCUAGACCGAUUGAAAGAUCGAAACCAAAGGGUCAAGUAUGGAGAAGGGCUCUUUUCCACUUCUUCAUUUGUUUCAUUGUUGGGUUUUUCAUAGGGCUAGCACCAUUUGUUUCCAUGAAUCAUUCAGUGGAUCUCAUGCCAAAGCAUCAUGCUUUCUCCUUUGAGGUGGCAUCAAAUGUUGGGAAUUUUCAAACAUAUGACAAUUCAGCAACAAAAGUGGCAUCCGUAAUGGAAAAUGUUACACUAAACAGUGUCACAUCAAAGGAGGCAUUGCAUGAACAGGAAUCUAUGGCUGGGAGUUCCAAUUAUGCUCCUGCUAAUCAGUCACUUCUUCAAGAUAUGGAGGUGGAGUUUCACAAGCUUUUGAUAAUUGUGACCCCAACGUAUGCUCAACCUUUUCAAGCCUAUUAUCUAAAUCGUUUGGCAUACACGUUAAAACUGGUCCAACCCCCUCUAUUGUGGAUCGUUGUGGAGAUGACUUCCCAAUCUGAGGAAACUGCUGACAUCCUUAGAAGAACAGGAGUAACAUAUAGGCAUCUUGUUUGCAAGAAAAAUGUCACUGACAUAAAAGAUAGAAAUGUUCACCAAAGAAAUGCAGCACUGUCUCACAUUGAAACCCACCGUCUUGAUGGUAUUGUCUACUUUGCUGAUGAAGAAAAUGUCUACUCAAGGGUUCUCUUUGAGCAAAUGAGGCAGAUUAGGCGAUUUGGUACAUGGACAGUGGCCAAACAAACAGGGAAUGGAAGAAAACCCAUGUUGGAGGGCCCUGUCUGUAACAGAACUCAAGUCAUUGGAUGGCACACAGAUUUAUUAAAUGUGAGAUUACGAAGAUUCCAUGCUGAAAUGUCGGGGUUUGCCUUCAACAGUACCAUACUCUGGGAUCCAAAGCGUUGGCACAGACCAACUCCUGAACCAAUUAGGCAGCUUGAUGCAGUCAAGUACAGCUUCCAAGUUAGUACCUAUUGGUUCUUUGAUCAUUCUUUUAUCUCAGUGUAAUCAUCCAGGCUCCACUUGAAAUGCCACAGGAAACUUUUUCUCUAACAGGAAGGGAAAUAUACAAUGAAAAGAUGUCUUUGGCAACUCCAAAGAAUAUUCUCUAUAAUUUGAUAUGUGAAGGGACUAGACUUUGUCCACAGCACAGCAAAGACAUGAUUGGCAAGCACAUUUGUUGAACAAGUUGUGGAAGAUGAAAACCAAAUGGAAGGCUUACUGCAGGACUGCUCAAGAAUCAUGGUUUGGCAUCUUGCUGUUGCAUCAUCUAAUUCCUUCUACCCUGAAAAAUGGUUCAUGAAGAAUAAUUUAGAUAUUAUGGCACCACUUGCAUGAAGUUUUGGACAUUGGAAGAGUCAAUCUGGACUAAAUGAGAAAGCUGGCCAAGAAUCACCAACAGUGAGUGAAUAGAUGUCUCCAGUCCAAUUCCUGCUUCAAGUGCGCAAGCAUAUGGCUGGUUGCUAUUCUUGCCUCAUUGUUGAGGCCCCUAGAGUAUUUGCAGACUAAGGAUAAGCAUCAUCUUUGUACAGACUUUUGAGUUCUCUAUUUCUGCAUGUCCAUGCUUUACUCUGGACUAGUCGGGAACCGAAGGUCAAAAGCCAAAAACCAAUCUUCAUGUGACAAACUAUAUGUGAUUUUGAUUAAGCCAUUCUUUUGUAAAACCGAAAGCAAUUUUGAUGAUUCUAAUUACCUGUUACUCCUUAUCAUUUU